ACGCACGAGGGGGGGGGGGUUAAAAACAACAGUUUACACAGAGCGACUGCAUCUCGUCCCGGUUUCGAUUAGUUAGAAGUUUUCACAAACGGUUUACAAAACGUGUCGGGACACGGAUUACGGUUUCGUCCCAGUCGGAGGUGACAUGAGUGGGAAAGUACUGAUCGUGGGACAUGUUGAGCAAUAAAAGAUGUCAUUGCUUAAUGAAACGACUCCUUGUUGAACCUGAUUUGUUUUGGCGAGUUGACAGCAAUUGUUUCCCCUGGAUCGUUCUCAAACGGCAAGUUUACAUUUGAGGUCUGAUUAAUCACAGCCGUUACUGGUUGCUUCUAUACAAUGAAAUGACACAACUCCCACUAUGGAACAGACACCUUUUAACAAAUAUACCAAAAUAAAAGCCUGCAUGCACAGAAACUGAAGACCCUUCUGGACUGAAUGGUGCCCUAAUGAGUUGAGUGGUGGUUGGCCUGUUCACAGCGGAAAAGGUGUUUUCAAGAGCAAUGGACCAGAAAAUUCCUUACGACGACUACCAGCUCCCCGUGGUUUUCCUGCCUUCCUAUGAGAACCCUCCGGCUUGGAUACCUGCACAAGAGCGUGUUCAUCAUCCAGACUACAACAAUGAGCUCACCCACUUCCUACCACGCACUAUUGUAUUGAAAAAACCACCGGGAGCACAGCUGGGCUUCAACAUCCGCGGGGGCAAAGCAUCACAGCUGGGUAUCUUUAUAUCAAAGGUGGUCCCAGACUCAGAUGCUCACAGAGCAGGUCUACAAGAGGGAGACCAGGUUCUUUCUGUAAAUGAGGUGGAUUUUCAAGAUAUAGAGCACUCAAGAGCUGUGGAGAUUCUGAAGACUGCACGAGAGAUCGUGAUGAGGGUUCGCUUUUUUCCUUACAACUACCAAAGGCAAAAGGAGAGGACUGUACACUAGAUGGCGGCAUUGAGAGAGAAACGUCACUGAGCGUCAUUGCCCUCCUCCUCCAGACUCUGGUCUCCAUUCUGUCCCAGCCUCAGGAUUACUGAUGUGUGACUGUGUCAUCCCUAUACUCUGCCACCAUGAUUGCGAAGCAUGCACUUAUCUACUGUGAUUUGUGAUUUCUACUUCACCAGGAUGUAUUCACAGGAAGCCACAUUUAAGAUCUAUUCUAAUUUGGUAAUUUAUAAGUAACUUUAGUAGACAUAAAUAAAUGAUCCUAAAUCAUAUAAAUAAUACAUAUUCCCAGUCAAACAAAAUGCCCAAGGUUUAGUGUAAUUUAAUCUACUUUCUCCUCAGACUAAAAUUGAUGUUCCUACUGUAUUUGUAAAUAUAUAUAUAUAUAUAUCCGUAGUUUUAGGCUGACAUCAUGAAAGCCAGUUGUCGUAGACAGUAACAUCCAGUUCUGGUUUAAAAUUUAAAUAGUUCUAAUGUAUAUUUGAUGGUAGGAGCACACUGGAGCCUUCAUCUCACACUAACCAUAAAACAGACUCCAGAUAUUUAUAGAAAAUGGGUGAAUAUGUAUUAUCAACAAUACAAAUGUAUUGAUACAUUUGUGGAUUUGUUUGUUAUUGCCUGAUUUUCAUUUUAAGUUUUAUUACUUUCUACACAAAUACAUUAAUAAAUAACUAACAUACA